GGUCAUUCCAUUUGGUGUGUUGCAGACUUCACAAAAUGAGACUGUGGGUUUGGGUUUUUUCCCCCGCCAUUAAACUAAUUCAUUAUAGCAGAUGUCAUUACUCACAAAUAAAAAUGAGUGACGGGUGAACAGGUUUCAUCAGUCACUCCUGUCAGUUGGAGUCCUCUUGAAAAGGGGAACCCAGAGGUAAAACUGACACUAUUCAGUAAUCACUCAAGAAAUCCAUACUUUGACGGAAGAGGAAGCUACUAUACACUCAAAAAAAUGAGCAAGCAUACCAGCUUUAGAAGACACAAGAUGUGUGGUCCUGAUGCAGAAGGGCUGAAGAACUUCUGGGAGAAAGUCAUCCAAGAGCAAACUAAGCAAAGAGAAUGUGAAGAGUCUAGGUUAAGCAAAAGUGCCCUGAGCAAACUCCGCCAUGAAUGGACUCUGCGGCUGGAAGGACGAGCAAGGCAGGCCCAGGCACAGAUGAAAAUGCAGAAAGAACAGAUGAUGAUGCUGACUAUUGAGACUCUUCCCUCACCAGAUAAAACCGUUGCUUAAAGUUACUGUGAAAACUCAGAAAGCAUUGGGCCUUACUCUGACCUUCUGCAUGCACCUAUAAACCAGCAGCUACACUACUGAACAAGGAAAAGGUCAGAAUCUGGCUCUUUUCCAGACUGCUACUAGGGCUCCUAAUAAGGUUCUACUGAAAUUCAGUGCAAAAAUAAGGCCACAGUACAAUAAUCUCAAAAAAAAAAAAAAAAAAAGAAGAAAA